UGUUGAAUCAAAUGAAAAUGGCAGUGCCAGUACUUACUUUGCUAUUCUUGCUAUCGUUGUUCUGCACAGCGUGAAGGCAGCUACAGUAUUUGAUCCUGAACUGGAUACUCACUGGGAAAACUUUAAGAGGAUAUAUCAGAAACAGUAUAGCGGACGCGAGGAAGGAGCAAGAAGACUCAUCUUUGAAGACCAUGUAAAUGACAUCGUGAAACACAAUCUAGAAUUCGAUCUCGGAAUUCACAAAUACAGAAAGGGACUCAAUGAAUUUGCUGACAUGAGCCAUGAUGAAUUUGUUAAAACCUUGAAUGGUUUCAAAGGAGCGAAACUGAACAAAUCCACUACUGCAUUUAUUCCUCCUUCUAACAUUGAUUUACCAGACACAGUGGACUGGAGGCAACAAAACCUUGUCACAGGAGUCAAAAACCAGGGUCAAUGCGGAUCUUGCUGGGCUUUCUCAACAACUGGAUCGCUAGAAGGACAGCAUAAAAAGAAAACUGGGAAACUUGUUUCCUUGAGCGAACAGAAUCUUAUGGAUUGCUCCAGACCUGAAGGUAACAUGGGCUGUGAAGGAGGUUUUAUGGAUCAAGGAUUUGAGUACAUCAAGAAAAACGGUGGCGUUGAUACAGAGCAAUCUUAUCCAUACACUGCUGAGUGGCGGCAUAUAUGAUGAACCAGACUGCUGCACUCAGACUCUUGACCACGGAGUCUUAGCCGUCGGAUAUGGUACUGAAGACGGAACUGAUUACUGGUUGGUGAAGAACAGCUGGGGAACCUCCUGGGGUGAGAAUGGCUACAUCAAAAUGUCGAGGAAUAAGAAUAACCAGUGUGGCAUUGCCUCUCAAGCUAGUUAUCCAUUAGUGUAAAUUUUCAGAUCUCAAUUAAUUUUCCGAAAAUGAACUUUUACAUAUUUAUUUUUCACUUUAUUGUAAAAAUUUAAGAAUACGGUUUUCUUCAUUUCUUAUCCGCUUUGAAUAAAAGCAUGGAUAUUUUAAUGUAAUUUGUAUCAUAUUUUAAUAAAUAAAAAGCAUGUUUUAACUAUA